CUUAUAAACCCUCCACCUCACAAAAGAAACGUCUCUUUGGGUCUCAAUUUCUCGUUUGCGCGAGAAUCAUUGUCUAUUUUUUAACACGAGGCUAAAUAAGUAGCUAUAUUCGCUUGCCAUGGAUCAACCACCACCUUACCAGUCAGAGUUUGUCCCAAUGAAAGGAAAUAAGUACAUGCGUCUUGAAGACACUCACGGAGCGCCCAAGUUCCAACAUACCGUCGUCUUGGGUCAGCCACAGCCCGUUGUACCUCAGCCCAGGGAUCACAUUAUCUGGUCACUUUGCAGCCUCUUGUACGGCAACCCAUUCUGUCUCGGAAUGUUAGCUGUGUAUUUCUCCAUAAAGUCCAGGGAUAGGAAGAUGGUUGGAGACUUGGAGGGAGCAAGAAAACACGGGAAGACUGCACGCUGCUUUAAUACUGUGACCCUGACUUUGGCAAUCCUUGGGCUGCUCUUCCUCUUCAUCACCUAUGGUAUCAUCAUCUACCAAGUUGCACACUGAGUAGCUCCAGUCUUUGCUUUUGUAAAAAGUGUUCAUUUUGAAGUCUUGGCAGGUGUUAUACACCUCUAGGAUUGUGUCCUGAUACAUUUCAGCUCAUCUCUUUAAACACACACACACACACACACACACACACACACACACACACACACACACACACACACACACACACACACACCACAGAAGUUCCUUCAGCACUGUGUACCAGAUCUGAUUUGCUCUUCUUUAGUUUUGUGUUUUAAGGAUGCAAGAUGAUUCUUUUGAAGUUCCAUUCAAAUGUAAUUUUUUAUAAAUACAUUUAAAAAUGUUGUAAAUGCAUUACAUUUCAGUUUUUAUAGGUGUUAAUGGAUGUUAACGACUCUGUGAGACUCGUCCCAUAUAGACAUACACUCACUUAACAAGAAAACAAUUCCCAUGGCUUUGUAUCUACUUGGCAGAGACGGCAUAACAGAACUUGGCUCGGGUCAGCAAUUGAACUGUUGACUGAAUCUGAGAGGUCCAUGAACAUACAUAUCCUGACAUGGCUUGUCUUUGUUGUCGCUCUCCAACAAUGUUUAAGACACAAUCUGUACUAUUUAUGGUUGCUAAGAUUACUUGUCCUUGUGUGAUAUAAAGAUGUAGGAAUUUGAGUAUGUUGAACAACUUUAUCAACACCAAGAAUGAACAGUAUUAGGUAUUUUUGACUUAUUACUCUGAUACAAAUUAUAAACAGAUGUUGAUGUUGUAAAAGUGUAAUUUCCAGCAGUGUAGAAAGUCCAGGCCUGGUUUCCGGAGACAAGCUAUGUCACCAGGAAUCCCUGGCUUGCUGUGUCACCGUACUCUUGAAUAGCUUACUAUCAUCUAUUUUCCCUCUGGAGAAAAUACUCUCUGUAGGUUUGAUGGGUAAAACAAACGCUAUUCAAUUCAAGGUCCUGUUAAAUAAAAUACUUACGUUUAUCAUUCCUUCUGUCCUUCCCCUUCUCCCUGCCUUAUCUGACAAAGUUGGAUUUGUGAAAGUAAUAGCUGCAGACUUUAUCCAUUUAUACACAGAGAUUGCUUACUUUAAGAUGGGGAGGAAGGAGACAUUAGGGCUUGUGUCAAGGAUGCAUUUUUAUAGGGAUUCACACAGGUUUCCUCUUGUCAGUAUAAUUCUUGAAGGAAAGCAGAUCAGUAGAGUGAGUUGAUCUAGAUCAGAUGAUUGGGACAAAGCAAAAAAAUAAAUAAAGUGGAAGCUGGGGGCCAUUUUCAGGCUCCUUGCAAAGCUCAAAACCUGCAGAGUUCUAGGCCCUUUCAGGGCUAAAAGAAGGAGGAGAUAUGGCUUAAUGUUUUUAUGCCAACAGUGUGCCAAGCUGUCAUCAAGGCAAAGGGUGGCUACUUUGAAGAAUCUCAAAUAUAAAAUAUAUUUUGAGUUGUUUAAAAGGAUCGGACCCUUUUUUUUAAAUUUUCCCUUAAAAUUAUAUACCCAAAUCUAACUGCCUGUAGCUCAGGACCUUAUUAUGUUAUUGACUGUACGUUUGUUUAUGUGUAACUCUGUUGUUGUUUUUGUG